AUGCGACCGGCUCUUCUUCGACUCCUGAAGAGGCCGUCUGCCAUCUCGGUUCUCGACACCCUCGCCGCAACACCGACCGGAAUCGAGCAGUUGGAGUCAAGAUACGCGCGCCUACGAUGUCAAUCGCGAUGUGUCCAUCCAGAAGCAUCAGACGAUAACGUGGAGACGGUGCAGGCAGUUGAAGCUCGACAGCAAACCAGAGGCGAGAGGCGGCCCUUCAAUUUUCCCAUCUAUGAGAUCGAACCUUCAGAGACGGAUCGAGUACCAAUUUCCUCGUCACUUGUGAGACGAACAUCCAAGAAUACCAGUACAAAAUGUCCGAUCACAUCAUUACGGUUACAGCCAGAGAGACUCCAGUUUGAAUCGGACGUUGGUCAUUGCAAUGACAUUGGAACACGCCUGGUCGACCAUGCAGAGAACAAGAAUGAUUUCGAGCUUUGGGAGGAACUUUUGAAAUUUCGCCAGCGGCAUUACGGCGAAAAAGGGACACAAGAUAUUUGGGAAGGGCUGACAGUCCGUUUGCGUGGUGUCCAGAUACCGGUGACUGGGGAAAGAGCCGACUUCCUUUGGCGAAGCUUUGUGAGACUGGGAUUGAGGCGAGACCUUUUCCUGAUAGAAGUGAUGGAAUACGCGAUGGAUUUACACAGACGGGAAGGUCAAUCUUGGCCACGACUCUACGAAAGUGUUGUGGGUGGCCUUCUUGAUCGGGGGUUGACGAAACGAGCCUUACGAUGGAACAAAAAAUUCCAAGCAUCUGGCUUGGCCUCUCCGAAUGAUGUGCUGCAAGUUCUCCUGCCAGUCAUUCGACCAACAGCCCUUGUGGAAAGUGCUCGAGAUUGGCAUCAUGCCAAGGCUGUCAGACCAUCUUCGCUUUUACGGACCUUUCGACUUUUAUGUCGGUCAGCCGAGGGCCAUCAAAUAUAUGGGCCAGUCAUGUCAACAUUAAUCAAACAUGGCUACGGAGAGGGUGCAAUCUCCAUACAUCCAUUUUUGGUUGCACGCAAUGAUCACCCGAAAUCGCGCAGCGAAAUCCAACCUCUGUUGGAUUAUGCCCGAAUGUAUGGGUUUUGGGACGAAAAUAAGAAACUACAGGCAUAUGCCAAUGAACGAUUUGACACCUCAUCCUCGGAGGUACCUACUAAGGGUCCCAAGAAGGCAAGGCAGGAUAUGUCGGAUGGGACACCAUUCAAGGAUGACAUUGGAGCUCGACUGCUCGCCACUCGCGCCCUAAACUUCGACAUGGUCCUCGGUGGGCUGAAGAUGCUUGGCGUGUCAGCAAUCGGCCCAAGGAGCUUACGUGAGCUGGCUGUCCGAGCGCAUGGGAGCCAGGACAUCCUCGAUAAGAUCAAGACGCUCCGACAGGCCGGCAUCUCUAUAGGAGAUUCCGUUUUCGCUCGAUUGGUCCAGAAAUUGGCAUCCCAAAAUCGCGACAUUCUCCUUUCCGACCUGUUGCUAAGUGAUCAGCAUCCUGAUGUUCUUGAAGACAAGACCAUGCAGGAAUCACUGCUCAUCUCGUAUUACAUAGCUCGUGAUAUGCAGCAGUACAACAUGGCUCUCGCAGUUCUUGCAGAGUUGUACCCAGAAGACCCAGACCUGUUGGAUAUCCAUUUCCGCAAGCACAUUGCUGCCGGCGAUCUGGGGGCUGCGUCCAAGAUUGUGGACGAGCUGACGCUGCGGGGAAGGCCUCUGAGUGAGGAUAGCCUGGAUUUCAUGGCCGAGAAGGUUUUGACACCUCGCCGACCUAACCAUCGACCGAAUGCCCCGCCUGGACAGUCACUCGAUACCAAGCGCGAAGUAAUGUUCAUCUUCCGGGUUCUUCAGCGCUCCGUCCCGUCGGGCGGUUAUGUCAAUCCGUUCUUCUGGAAGGAAAUGCUUAAACGCCUUGGCAUGGAGGGUCAUUGGACUGAGCUUCGAGAAUGCUGCCUAUGGCUAGCGCGUCAAUAUGGAACUCGAAAAGGAGAAUUCUGGGCUACGGUACUCGCUGGAUCGCCGACGGGUCAUGACGACCGAAUGUUGAAGCUAAUUUUCAGUCCCCCAAUGCAAACCGCGCUCGUGUCCUGGGGGUUCAAGGCGCAGGUGACCAGUGCUACUGCUGCAAACGCCAUCUGUCUGCAUCCGACCACUCAAGAGCCGCUCAUCCAGUGGGUCCGUGGACUUCUUUUACUAAGAGAGCUGGAACAAGCUGGUCUCGUUCUCCAGAAGCGUGUCAUCCUGGACGCUACUCGGCACCGCUUGGCUACGCUGUUUGGUCGAUUCAGCCUUUCGCAUUCUCGCUUGAAUCGAGUGCUUCGACGGCACAAUCCGUAUCGAUGGCAGCGUGUGGUUGGAGACGUCUUGCGGGCCUGGGGUGAUCCCUCUUUCUUCGGCGGACUGGAGCACAUCGAACCAACGAAAUUGAUGAAUCCCGGUCGAACCCCGUCCUCACUGCGACGGUCGGCUCAGACAGCUUGGCCGAGGAAAAGGGGUCGAUGA